AUGUUUAAUGUGGUUUCAGAUGUUUCUAAAUAUCAUGAAUUCGUUCCAUUUGUUGAAAAGUCUCUAAUUACCAAGAAAGAUAAAUCAGAUUUACCACUCGAGGGGGUUUUAAGGGUUGGCUGGCAACAGUUUGAUGAAGAGUUUACUAGUAAAAUAAACUGUGUGCUUAAUGAGAAAGUAACAGUCAAGUCAUUGACCAUACUGUUGUUUAAUAGUCUAAACACUGAAUGGAGUUUCAAAGAAAUUAAAAGUUCUCAUAUAAGAGAGCCCAGCUGUGAAGUGGAAUUGAACUUGAAGUACAGUUUUAAAAAUCCCUUAUAUAAUGCAGUUAGUUCAAUGUUUUCAGAUCAAGUAACUAAAAUAAUGAUUAAGGCAUUUGAGCAGAGAGCUAUAGAAUCAAAAUUGAAGGAUAAAUUCAAAACUAGAGAUGUCAAUUUUAAUAAAAAUUAA